ACAGGAACAAUGGCAGCUAAAUUUAUCGUUAUUCUGUCCCUCGCUGUGGCCGCCUCAGCCGUCCCCUUGGCUCCUCUUGCCAAGGUCGUGUAUGCUGAGCCUGAAGCACCAGCUCACUACGAUUUUGAAUACUCAGUCCAUGAUGAUCACACUGGGGAUGUAAAACAACAAAAGGAGAGCCGCGCCGGUGAUGCCGUGCAGGGUUUCUAUUCUUUAAUCCAACCUGAUGGCGUUCAGCGUAUUGUCGAAUACACCUCUGAUAAAGUAAACGGAUUCAACGCUAUCGUACGCUACGAGGGUCAUCCUGCCUCAGCUCCAGUUGCCAAGAUCGCCUACGCCGCACCCAUUGCCAAGGUAGCCUAUGCUGCUCCCGUAGCCAAGGUCGCCUACAGUGCCCCCUUAGCCUAUUCUGCUCCAGUAGCGAAGGUUGCCUAUGCCGCACCCGUCGCUAAAGUCGCCUAUGCCGCCCCCGUAGCCAAGGUAGCCUACGCCGCCCCUGUCGCCAAGGUCGCCUAUGCUGCUCCUGUAGCCAAGGUCGCAUACACCGCACCCCUCGCUCAUGUAUCCUACUCAUCCCCCGUUAUCUCUUACCAGCACUAAACUGAUUCGAGAUUAG